GAGUCUUACAGUUAACAACAACAAGUAAUUACAAUACAAACAUAACCUAUAGAAAACACUUCAUAUACAGUAAAGACAGUACCAAAUACUGCAGUGAUGAUUAAAAUUAUGUUACAUGUUACAUAUGGCUAAUAUUUAUGUUUUUACAUCAUAGGCCUAGCUUUGGGUCGAAGGAGAUUUUAAAGGGGAAUAUGUUUAUAGACAAGUUUCAGUUUUUUAACACUGAACAAAAUAUUAAUAUUAAUUAAUAUUGGAAGAAAAUACAACCAACAGAAAAUGUAGAAUUGAAUCAAAAUGUAAAAUAAAUAUUAACUAAAAAAAAAUUAAAACAAGAGUGAGUGCUUCUGGACCAGUGUUGUUUACAUCUGGCAAAAUGGUCUAUAGUUUUUCCUCUGUAUAAUGUUAAUAGAUCUAUCUUGAUGUCUAUUUUGUGCUUAUUAUGUUUUUAACAAAAUUGUAUACUUUUUUGUCUAUUUAAUGGGGUAAAUAUUCUGUUUGACGUUUUAAACUAUUUUUAUGGCGCAGACUGAUGUCACAGUAGAAGUGACGCUAAUGGAACUGUGUGUGUGUGUGUGAUUAUUUCGUCACUGCAAGAGGGCUAUAUAAGACCGCGCGAAUUCGAGAAAAUUUGUGGGUUUACAGUUAGGAGUUAUACAGAGUGAGAAUUUGAAGUUGGCGUGUUUUUUGGUCUGUUUUUGGCUUGAUAUUUGUGUGUUUUGGGCGUGUUAUUUGUGUUUUUGGGCGUUUGUUCUUCUGCGUGUUUUGGUGGUGUUUGGUGUGUUUUGUUUUGUUUUUGUGUGUUUGGUAUCUUCUUCAUGAGGAUAUAUAGAAGGCCAAAAAAGUCCGCUGCGGUUAGCCGGCCAUUCUUUGGCUGGCUAAUCGCGCGGGUUUUUUUGGCCAUGUACAAUUGGCUGGUCUCUUUCUUGGGACGCCAGCCUAGUACCGAGCCAUACUGCCGGGACCAUAGCGGUGAACCGGAGGUCCACCGCGGACAAUUCAGGAGGCGUCCUCGGAUGCCAGCUGUGGAGCCCGCGGUGAUGCCGGUUCACCGUAUUUCGGACACCGCGAGAGAGACCUGUCCAGUGUUAAAAGCCCAGAAACCUGUUUUGAAGUUUUCUGCGGCUUCAAACAAAGGCGGUCUCAGUAAAGGACCUUCUAUGAGCUAUCCAGGAUCCCUGGGACUAACUCCUCACAAGCGUCCCACUUGUACUUCACAGCCAAGUGGGACAAAGCUAGUUGAGGAGUUCCCUCCAGGAGGUCCGUUGGAUGCUCGAGAAGGUCCUUUGUUGUCUCGCGGUUUGUCCACCCACCAAAGGUUUGCCCAGCCGAGUGGUCGAAGGCCAGGCCCGGGCAGGAUUCAGUCUGCGAAAAUCUCGCAGACUGUAACUGUGACAUAUGAGGAGGUGGAUGCGAGCUUUAGGCAGAGAUCUAAUGCUCCACCAGUACGCCCCCUCAUAUGUCCGGUACCUGCCCGGGUUACCAGACGACCCAUGGCCGCUCGUCCGCCCGUCCGGUCCUCAGAGGACAUCUGUUUAGCUCAGCCUGAGAUUGUGGCCGCGGGUGAGACCGGCAGAGGGCCGGCAGAGGGCCAGCAGGGGGCAGGUCGCGCACGCUCCUCUGGGGGCCGCGCCCGCUCCUCUGGCGGUCCUGGCCCUCAGCCGGUCGUGCCGUCGGCCGUCCCUCAGCGGGUGCUGCCGUCGGCCGGUCCUUUGCCGGUCCUGCCGACGGCCGCUCCGUUGAUGGUCCUGCCGACGGCCACUGCGACCCGCGGCCAAUCUUGUGAAGGCCCCACUAGUGCCCGGGUUACCAGACGACCCAUGGCCGCUCGUCCGCCCGUCCGGUCCUCAGAGGACAUCUGUUUAGCUCAGCCUGAGAUUGUGGCCGCGGGUGCGACUGGCAGAGGGCCAGCAGAGGGCCGGCAGAGGGCAGGUCGCGCACGCUCCUCUGGGGGCCGCGCCCGCUCCUCUGGGGGCCGCGCCCGCUCCUGUGAGGGUCGCGCCCACUCCUCUGGCGGUCCUGGCCCUCAGCCGGUCGUGCAGUCGGCCGGCCCUCAGCGGGUUCUGCCGUCAGGGGGUCCUUUGCCGGUCCUGCCGACGGCCGCUCCGUUGAUGGUCCCGCCGACGGCCACUGCGACCCGCGGCCGAUCUUGUGAAGGCCCCACUAGUGCCCGGGUUACCAGACGACCCAUGGCCGCUCGUCCGCCCGUCCGGUCCUCAGAGGACAUCUGUUUAGCUCAGCCUGAGAUUGUGGCCGCGGGUGCGACUGGCAGAGGGCCAGCAGAGGGCCGGCAGAGGGCAGGUCGCGCACGCUCCUCUGGGGGUCGCGCCCGCUCCUCUGGGGGCCGCGCCCGCUCCUGUGGGGGUCGCGCCCACUCCUCUGGCGGUCCCGGCCCUCAGCCGGUCGUGCAGUCGGCCGGCCCUCAGCCGGUCGUGCAGUCGGCCGGCCCUCAGCGGGUUCUGCCGUCGGCCGGUCCUUUGCCGGUCCUGCCGACGGCCGCUCCGUUGCUGCUCCGGCCGACGGCCACUGCGACCCGCGGCCGAUCCUGUGAAGGUCCCACCCGUGCCCGGGUUACCAGACGACCCAUGGCCGCUCGUCCGCCCGUCCGGUCCUCAGAGGACAUCUGUUUAGCUCAGCUUGAGAUUGUGGCCGCGGGUGCGACCGGCAGAGGGCCGGCAGAGGGCCAGCAGAGGGCAGGUCCCGCACGGUCCUCUGUGGGCCGCACCGGCACCUCUGGGGGCCGCGCCCGCUCCUGUGGGGGUCGCGCCCGCUCCUCUGGCGGUCCUGGCCCUCAGCCGGUUAUCUUUCCACCGUGGGCUGCUCCGGCCACUUCUCUUUGUACUUCAGUAGCUCAACCUUCCCUUCCACAAGUGCAGCCAGCACCAGCAUGUGCGCCCCACAAGCGCCAUGCUGGUGCUAUGUCACAGGAGAUACAGACGAGAAAAAGGGCAAGAUUUAUGCCUCCUGCUCAACCUUCCCUUCCACAAGUGCAGCCAGCACCAGCAUGUGCGCCCCACAAGCGCCAUGCUGGUGCUAUGUCACAGGAGAUACAGACGAGAAAAAGGGCAAGAUUUACGCCUCCUCCUCAACCUUCCUCUACACAAGCUGUCCUUUCAGAGCAAAAAAGAAGAAAGAGGAGGAGGAGAAGGCAAAGGCAAAGGCGAAAUCGGGCUAUUCAACGUGCACUUCAAGCCCAGAGUGCAUCUACUCUCCAGGCUUCGUCUAGCACUGCGGUCUCACAGGCUUCAAUAAGCAGUGCUAUAGACAGCCUGGAGAGAAAGCUGUUUUGCUUGUCCGUUCACAAAAAAUGAAGUUGAGGGCAGCAGCAGCAGCAGAAAGCUUCAAUGAAGCCCCCCCGCCCCAAAAAAUACAAUUAAACAAUUUAAGGACCUGAAACUUGAGAUCAUUGCUUUACAACUUUUUAAACUUAUUACUCAGUUAGCUGGAUUUCAUUGUUAUUUUUUGGGUUCUUUGAUCUAUUUGGUUCUUAGAAUCACAUCCUGUAGUUGCUGUCAAGCAACAGAUUCAAACGUUAAAACCUGUCCGGGAUCAGGUUUAGUUCACCAAUAAUAACAGCUUAUCAGUAUCAGAGGUGAUGGGGGAAGUCUGUCACAUGCGUGUCCUCUCCAUGUUAUUAAGAGAAAUCUGUUGAGGAUGGUGUGAUAUGAGAUUUCUGAAUUCAACGUGUAAAAUGAGAAAAAAGUUGAGAGAGAGAGAGAGAAAUUUGAUGAGAAAAAAUGAAAAAGAAAUUUGACUCAGACAAAAGGUCCUCCAUUCUUUUAUAAUAGUAACAUUAAAACAGGUUAGAUUACAGAUGAGUACAGUGUUCAAGCUUAAAAUCAGGUAAACAAUUCAAGAUGUCAGGAUCUACAGCCAUACAUUUUACAUUACAUUAACAUUAACUCAUUAGCAGAUGUCAUGAGUUGCAGGGUUUCUUCUCAUGGUUCCCAAAUGGCUACAGACAGACAGCUGUAUAUUCUGUUUGAUAACCGUAUAUCCUCCAGCAAUGAAGAAGCUCAAAGCUGGAAGUUUUAUGUGAAGACGUGGCAGACAGAAAUACUAAUCGUGCAUCAUGAAGUGUUAUACAGUAAAUUAUUAAUGCGUUUUGUUCGUUGAUUUAUAUGGAUUCGUUUUAAAUAUUUAAUUUUAUUCAUUUUUUUAUUGUUUUGUUGAAAGAUCAGUCUAAAGACUCGUAUGUUUAACUAAGCGUUCACCUGAUUUAUUGCCUAAACAUGUUUUCACUUCAAUAUAAGCUUGACCCAAACCAAACGCACAUCUAUCUUACUGUAAAAACUGUACAUUAUAUCAGCAGCCUUCAAACUAACUUGUUUUUUCUGCAUUUCUCAUCCUUUAGUUCCCAAAGAGACAUGAAGAGACUGACAGAUCCAGCUCCGGUUCAGUGUGAUGCUCAAUGAUGACUGCAGCCAACGAGUCAACCAGAAGCAAUGAAAUCUGUGAUGAUCAAGCCUUUAACUUUGCAUCCCAUGAUCUGCCGCCAAUGAAUGUGACGCCAUUGCAUUCAUUUUGUCAUCUUACAUCCAGCUGAGAGGGACUUUCGGCCACAUAAAAAUAUUCAGAUAAUCAUCCCAUCAUAUAUUAAUUCUCAUGAUGUAUUUUAAGUACUAAUGUAAAAAUAUGUUUAUGGUUUUAUUAUUUUCACAGAUAAGUGAUGCGGUGUGAGGAUGAGACCUUCCACAUGCUCCUGAACUGUGAUGCAGAAACGAAAUCGGAGGAUUUAUCUGUCUCUGACCACAACUACACCUCAAAAUCACAGCUGAACCUGAAGCCACCUAAAUCUGAUAUGACACAACAGGGCUGUUUCCCAGAUGGGCUUAUUCUAGUACCAGACUAAAAUGCAAAUGUGAGCUGCCAUCAUUUUGUACUGACAUCUCAACAUAUAUCAGUGUUUUGUCUCAAGAUGCACACCAGUAUUGUUUUUAAUAUAUAUAUUUUUUAAACUACUUAAAUUUGGUCAUAUAUUAAAACAUUUUAUUUGAUUAAGGGGCAGAUUCCCAAAGAGGGAUUAGAUUAAUCCAGAACUAGGUCUUAGUUAUAUUACGACAUUUAAGUAGUUUUUACAAACAUACCUUACAAAAUAACAAUACUGGGUGCAUCUUAAAACAAAACAUUGGCACUGAUAUAUGUUAAUGUCAAUACAAGAGGUUUUUAAAUAUAUUUAGAUUUUUUUUGUUAAACGAAGGCAACUCAAACAUGCAUUGUAGUCUGGGACUGAGAUAAGCCCUGUAUGGAAAACCACCCCUAAAUAUCUACAGUAUCUAACAGGUGGUAAACUUGGCCUGUUUAAUGAAAAUAUUGAAUUGAUGUUAUUUCUUGACACUAAACAUUUCUGUUGGUUUUAAUAGUGAGAUCCAAAUAAUUUUAAUGUUGGAGCACACACACACACACAUAAAUAUUUUGAAUGACAUUUUAUUCAUUAUGUUUAAACACUUUGGGGCGAUUUCCCGGACAGGGAUUAGUCUGUCCAAAUUGAGGCACUUUGUUUUGCUCCAAAAUGCACACAAGUAAUGUUUUAAGUAAGGCAUGUUGGUAACACUUUACAAUAAGGUUCAUUAGUUAACUACAUUAGUUAACCUGAACUAAUAAUGAACUGCACUUAUAAAGCAUUCAUUAAUCUUGGUAAUAUUAAAUUUAACAAUUACUAAGACUUUAUUAAAAUCUUGUUAACAUUAGUUAAUACAGUGUGA